CGUUACCGCCACAGCUGAUUUCUGCCACAGAAUGACAGAAAGGGCAGCACUUCCCUCCAUGUCCCUCCUCUCCGCCCUCGACUCCAGAUUCAGUAUAGAUCCAUCGGCACCACGCUCAAAGCAGUAUCUCCACCACUUUUUGCCUUUUCCAGCCUGCUCUGUGUGAUACAGACGAUUGGAUUGGACUGAAUCAAGAAAUCGCCCAGAACGACAAGACAUUCCCGUCCUUGGACCAACAUGGCCGACAUUACCGACCAGCACGACCAGACCUCGCAGCCCGAGCUCGACGAGGCAGGCAAUGGCGCGACAGCCCCUCAAGAGAGCCGCGGCGUGAAGCGUCAGCGCGGCGCGGGAGCCGACGACGACGACGACGAUGACGAGAAGGGUAACCGCGAGCGUCGCAAGAUUGAGAUAAAGUUCAUCAACGACAAGUCGCGUCGCCACAUUACCUUCUCCAAGCGCAAGGCCGGCAUCAUGAAGAAGGCCUACGAACUCUCCGUCCUUACCGGUACCCAAGUUCUUCUCCUCGUUGUGUCCGAGACGGGCCUUGUCUACACCUUUACGACCCCGAAACUGCAGCCACUUGUCACCAAGGCAGAGGGCAAGAACCUCAUUCAGGCUUGUUUGAACGCUCCCGAACCCGCCAACGGCAACGAGGGAGGUGUCGACGGCGCCGACCAGGUUGACUCCCCCGAAGAACCUGCGCCCCAGCACAUGCCUCCCCAAGGCGGCCGCGCUGGCAUGCCCCAAAACCCCCAUAUGCCUGCGGGCAACUACAUGCCGCCUAACAUGCCCAUGGACCCGCAGCAGGCACUGGCAUACCAGAACUACGUCCAGAGGAAUCAGCCGUAUGGGUCCGGUAUGCCUCAGCAGCCUGGCAUGCCGCCCAGCGGUCACCACCAGUCUUGA